AUGGGUGCUGUGCCAGGCUCACGGGGCGCUGUGGGUGCUGUGCCGGGGUUCUGUGCUGGGCUGGUGCGGUGCUGUGGCAGCAGGAAGGACCGGCCUCUGGCUGUGCUGGCUUGCUUUGGCGUGAGGCUCGGGUGCUUGGCCCUGGGAGCACAGAGGGAUGCCUGGGACUCACUGGGCUCUGUGGAGAGGUGAUGGUGGCCUGCUGGAAUUUGCAUAAUUAAUUGCCUUACUAUAACCUAUUAAGCAUUGCCCUCGCAGCCUCUCGCCAUUGGGGCUGUGACUCAGCCUGGACUGGGAGCGUGAAAGGCAGACGGACGUGUGCUCCCAGGGUUCCUCUGGCUCCGGAGAAGCAUAUCGGUACAUCCCUGGGUAUUUAUUUUGGUCCUCUUUGGAGGCUGGACUCCAACGUGUGACAUGGCACAUCCAGUAGCUGGUAUUUGCGGGCCAGAUCACCACAGACCUGAAAAGCCUCCUGGGGUUUUUUCAGUGCCUUUCUUAAUGAUUCCCCACUGCGCCUGGUUGGUGGGGCUCCCUGAGCCCCCGCUUCUCAUCUUUGCUUUUGCAGCUCGGACAUUUGCCAGUGGCGGCUGGUGAACAUUGCGUGGCUGGCAGCAUGGGUGCUGCUCGGGCACCGCUGCGUGCCAGCACCCAGCUCCUCCACAAACGGCCUUUGCUCCAUUUGCCACGAUCAAUAACGCGGCCAUGAUCAAUAACAAGCAAGUCCCAGCUCCCUGAGCAGGCACGGCUGUGGCACCAGCAGCGAUGGCAACGCUCUACCCCUCCCUGGAGGACAUGAAGGGCCACCAGAUCUUGCAGGCACAGGCAGCUGCUGGGGUGAGGACCCCCGCCACAACAGUGGUCACGGAGAAGCCAAAGCUUGUCUCAGACACUGCGCCGCCCGUGCUGUACCCCAACCUGGCCGAGCUGGAGAACUACAUGGGGCUCGCUCUCUCCAGCGAGGAGAUCCAGAAGAACCUGCACCCGGAAGGCAGCACUGCACUGACCCCCGCCGGGCCUGCUCCGGGCCAGCUGGUCGCCCCCCUGAGCGGGAACAAUGCAGGGCUGCGCCGGGCAGAGAUCAAGCCUGGUGUGAGGGAGAUCCACCUCUGCAAGGACGAGCGGGGCAAGACAGGGCUGCAGCUGAAAAACGUUGACCAGGGCAUCUUCGUGCAGCUGGUGAAGGCCAACUCGCCAGCAGCACUGGUGGGGCUGCGCUUCGGUGACCAGAUCCUGCAGAUCGAUGGCAAGAACUGCACGGGCUGGAGCAGCGACAAGGCGCAGCGGGUGUUGAAGAAGGCAUCCCCGGAGAAAAUCGUCAUGGUGGUGCGGGACAGGCCUUUCCAGCGCACCGUCACCGUGCACAAGGAUAGCAGCGGCAACAUUGGCAUUGUGGUCAAGAAGGGGAAAAUUGUGUCGCUGGCCAAGGACAGCUCUGCUGCCCGCAAUGGCCUCCUUACCCACCACUACAUCUGCGAGGUGAAUGGCCAGAACGUCAUCGGCAUGAAGGAUAAGCAGCUCACGGAGGUGCUGGCAGGGGCUGGGAACGUGGUCACGCUGACCAUCAUUCCCACCGUGAUCUACGAGCACAUGGUCAAACGGCUCUCGGCGGGGCUGGUGAAGUCGGCCAUGGAUCACUCCAUCCCCGACCUCUGAUGCGAUCGCUGCUGUCCUGCCGUGCCGGGGGAGGCUCACGCUGGCAUUCUCUGCAGCCAAGCCUGAACACGCUUCUGGAAGCCUGGAGGGGCCACUGAAGGUACCCCCACAGCAUCCCCAAAAGCAGCUGUUUUAGCACAAAAACCUUCAUCCCUACAGAGGCUGGUGGCUGCUGGGCGGCAUGGGGGGGACCAGCAGCCUGGGAUGUCCACUGUGUCCCCCCCGGUCCUCUCCUGUGUCUCAUCAGCAGGGAUGGGGCAUAUGUCUCUCCCUGUCCCUGGGGUCCCUGUGUCCCCCCGUGUUGCCAAAGGCCGGCUCCAGCCAAAGCAGACACAGACCCAGCGACGUUUAUUACAUCCACCACAGAC